AUGGCAUCUAACGACUACGCAUUUUUCUUGAACGACGAUGGUUUCAUGAACUCGAUGUUCCCUGAGCCCAACCAUCAAAAUUGCAAUGCUGCCCUUGCGGCUGUAGAAGCAAAGUUGAUGGAAAAAAUUGCGCAGCUGCAGCAGCAGUUAGCAGCACAAGCAGAAAGGCUGCUGAAGCAGGAAGAGCGCAUGGCCCUGCAGGAACACCGCAUCGCAAAACAAGAAGAGCGCAUGGCAAAACAAGAAGAGCACAAUGUGAAUAUGCGCCUUACAGACAACAUUUCGAGCGUCGAAUCCAGCGGCGACUUCAGUGAUCGCUCAGAUACCACAAGUCUUACUGAAGACGACAGUAGCAACGGGGAGGAAGACGUCAUGGAGGUCAACCCUCCACCAUACUACGGUUGGAACAGACAGUGUUAG